AUGCAUGGCCGAUUCCUGAUAUUGGUCUGGGCCUGCUGUCUACCGCUGAUGCUUACGGUCACAGCGGCUGAGGAGCAUCAAGGGGAAGGCUGCUCCGCCAAGUGCGGCAAAAUCACCGUCUCCGCUCCGUUCUGGCUCACUGAUUUGCAGACGGGAAAAUCAUGUGGUUCGCCUGGACCGCCGGACUUCGAGGUUACAUGCUAUAACAGCAGUUAUCCACUCCUUCCGAGCUCUGUGCCCAACGGCUACGGCUUUGCAAUCAUCAACAUCUCCUACGAGGAGCGCAGCAUGCGCCUUGUUGAUGUAGGCAAGAUGGAACUGUUUCGCGACAUCUUCAAUAAGUGCCUGCCUUUCUGGAACACCUCCGUCAAACUGGGCCGCCCGUUUCGGAUCGACCCCAUCAACCUGUACCUCAUCUUUUACAACUGCACAGAGGAAGCCGCAAUGGCGGCUGCGGCGCGUCGGGACAGAGAGCUCCUGCAGACGACGACGAUGAGGUGCAUGAACACGGGCAACGCGUUUUUCCGUGCAGGAGUGCGCUAUGACGCGACUGGAAACUAUGCCGGCUAUGCUUUGGAGGGAUGUGAUGCUAUCGUCGUGCCGAUGGUGGGCUCGCCAUCGUCGUCGGGCCAGGCGGCGAGCGACUAUGAGCAGCUCAUCAAGCAUGGCUUCCUUUCGACGUGGGAUGAACCUCUCUUCCCUUUCCCUGCACGUAGCAAGAGGACUGGCAUGAAGAUUAUACUAAUAGUUUUGACAGCAACAGCUGCAACCUUGCUCUUUCUAUGUAUUUAUGUGUUGAUAUGGCAUAGAAAGGGUAAAAUACUAUGGUUUCUCCUUUGCAAAAAUACUAGCAGCAUCACUGAAAGGAAUUACGAAGCCAUGAUAGCAACCUAUGGAUCCCUAGCUCCCAAAAGAUACCUGUACUCAGAGGUAAUGAAGAUAACAUCUUACCGUAGCGAUCAGCUCGGAAAAGGUGGUUACGGUGUGGUUUUCAAAGGAAGACUACAUGAUGGUCUUCUGGUUGCUGUGAAAUUUUUGCAUGAAUGCAAAGGAAAUGGGGACGAGUUUGUUAAUGAGGUUAUGAGCAUUGGUAGGACCUCUCAUGUUAAUGUUGUCAGCCUAUUUGGGUUUUGUUUGGAGGGAUCAAAACGAGCACUUAUAUACGAGUACAUGUCCAACGGUUCCUUGGAUAAGUUCAUUUACUCGGAGAACCCCAAAGAAAUUUUAGGAUGGCAGAGGCUCUAUGCUAUAGCACUUGGGAUUGCUCGUGGCCUAGAAUACUUGCACCAUAGUUGUAAUACACGGAUUAUUCAUUUCGAUAUCAAGCCUCAAAAUAUACUUCUAGACAAGGAUUUUAGCCCAAAGAUUGCUGAUUUCAGACUGGCUAAAUUGUGUCAUGCAAAGGAGAGCAAGCUUUCAAUGACUGGUGCUAGAGGAACAAUUGGGUUCAUCGCUCCAGAAGUUCACUCUCGAACCUUCGGAGUGGUUUCGACAAAAUCAGAUGUUUAUAGUUAUGGAAUGAUGCUUUUAGAGAUGGUUGGAGGCAGAAGAAAUGUAAAAUCUAUUGUUGAAAAUUCCAGCGAAAAGUAUUUUCCAGAUUGGAUUUAUGACCACUUUGCGCAUGAUGAUGGAUUACAAGCAUGUGAAGUGACAGGAGAAAUGGAGGAAAUCGCAAGAAAGAUGACGUUAAUUGGCUUGUGGUGCAUACAAAUAUUGCCUGCAUAUCGCCCUACUAUAACCAAAGUUCUAGAAAUGUUCGAGAGAAGCUCUGAUGACAUGGACAUGCCACCGAAGCAAAACUUCUCUGGAUUGAUGUAA